CUCAUUUGCCCCCAAACCAAAGCUCAUCAUCUCUGUGCACUGGCCGGCCCCUUUGCUUCCAUGUAGCUAUCAUUCUCUCCGAACCAUCUCCCCGUCUUCUGUUCAUCCUGUUCAACAUCAAUCCUGAUUGGAUCGAUCUACUUGGCUUCUGUCAUCAUCAUACCAUCUUAUUUUCAACUUAAUUCAGACCAGUUUCUGAGAGAACAAACCAUGGGUUAGAUCUUCCACACCAGAAAUGGCUCCCUUUUUCCAGUAGCUAUGAAACAGGAUGUUGCAGAGCUCUUUCUGAAGAUCCAGUAGCUACCUACACCGUAGAGAUUGUCUGAGCUGAGCUGACGUCCGAUCCUCUGCUAGUUGAUCCAAUCCAGUCCAUCAUGCGUACUGAGGUUAUCAAGGCGGGCACCAUUUUUGGAGCUGUCCAACGAAUCCUCCAGGAACUGGAGGAGGACGAUGCUGGUGGUGGUGGUACUGCUAGUAGCACCAGCAGCAGCAGCAGGCACAAUGUCAUCUACUUCGACGGCUGGGAUGGGCUGGGGGCAUCCGCCGUCCUCCGAGUGGUCGGCCGGCGCCUUACCACUGGCCCGGACUUCUCCCAAAUCAUCCACAUCGACUGCUCCAAGUGGGAGAGCAGGAGAGCCAUACAGAGGGCUCUCGCGGAGCAGCUUCAGUUGCCCCUUCAGUCUUAAGGAGGACGAGUUUUUCGACAUUUUCCGAGAUGAGGCUGAAGAAGUUGCAGCCGGCAUGGCCCGUACCAACGGCAUCGACUGGCAUGCAGCAGCAGCCUGCUUCCUGUACACGAUGAGGCUCUGCGGCAUGGGUGGUUACUAUGACUUGGCCACCCAUGUCUGCAACUACUGGAGAUGUGAUGAUGUCAUACAGCUCCGGCAGGGAGAUGCCGCCACUGAUGAUGAUGGUGUUGAUACAUUGUGGCAAACUUAUGAUGAUCUGAAGCGCAGGAUGCAACUGGAUGCGGACUACCACCAAAGUCCGCAAUCACCAUCUCUGGUGGCAAGGCGCUUGCACGAGCGCAUUGCGUGCUGGACUUCACCAUCCUACGGGUCCAUGCUGAUCCCGCCGAGUCAGUAUGGCCACAUUCCUAAUGGCAUGUUCCAACAGUAUGACAAGCUUUGUGUGCUCAAGCUAUCAGCAUGCGCAUUCAGCUUCAAAGCACCUCCGUUCCUCUGCUGCCACAGCCUUCAGUUUCUCUGGCUUGAUCACUGCCGAGAGGAAAGCGGCACUGAUGGAGUAGGGAAUGAGGAGGACAUCCAGCGGUGCUUCCAGAGGCUGUGGGUGUUGGAUGUGCGCUACUCAAGCUCUGAGUUCCUGUCCGCAAAGAUGAUGCAUUUCAUGACAGAACUCAGGGAACUAAAUGUGAUGGGCCAAUAUAUUGGAGAAACAGACAUGGGCGCAUUGCAGGAGCAGCUACCCAACAUUUGCAAGCUCCGAGCAGGGUUUAAGUUACCGACCGGUCCGGCCAAACCGGCAGGGUCCGGUACCGGUAUACCGGACCGGUUUGGCCGGAAACCGGUCCAAACCGGUCGAAGUCAAAUUUGAAUUUAAAAUCCUCUGUGCAAACGGUUCUUACCGGUAUAUCGGUCGGUUUG